AUGAGUGCCUUUGAUCAGAAGAAAGCUUUCAUACUUGAGCUGAUAGGCCUCACUUCCCUGGAAGUACCAGAUGCAUCUCCUAAGGGCACGAUUGACUCCCUCUGCCUCCCAACCAUCAAUGUGAUCAAUGCUCAUCCUGACAUGGUCACAACGUCCCUGUGCUCGGGCAGGGUCUCUGUAUUCCUCGAGGGUAUGAAAAAAGCUGAUACUCAGAUCGGUGCCAAGGGUAACGAGGGUCGCUGGCUUUUUGUGACUCAUCAUCCUGAGGAACUAUCGAGUUGGUAUGAUCAGGUUGACUUUGUAUAUGAAGAGCCUAAACCAACUGAAGAUUCCCAACGAUUCAUUCUUUUCAAAUUUGAACCCCUCAUUUUGCAUGUCAAGUGUCGUGAUUUGGAUACUGCCAAUCUACUAUAUUCCACAGCUAUGGGAUGUGGUUUCAGGGAAUCGGGCAUUGGCUCCAACAACAUCGUGGGUAUCAGAAUCUCGAUCAAGCUAGAUACCCCGAUUGGCUACCUUCAAGAUGACAAGUUAGUUUCCAUUGUUCCAAAGUCUUAUCUUGAGCUAAUAACGAAACUUUCUCUUGACCGGUUCACUGAGAACUUCAGAAAGAUGGAAACUCUCACGAGGGCUAUCGAGCUGAUGGGAAAGCCACAGAAGGCGCCAGUUGUGGAAUCAAAAGAAGAGCGUCGCUUGCGUAAAAUGAAGGAAGGAAUGGCUAGAAGAGAAUCGGUAAGGGAAGAGAAGGAGAAAAAGAGACGAGAAAAAGAACUUCAAAAUCAAUAG